GGCAUCAGGAAAAGACCGUUGACGUCGCUGCGCCUUGCUAGAUGAUUGGCGAGGUAAGAUGGCGGCGCCAGAGGAGCCAGAAUUAUCCCAGGCGCAGACCGAAAAACUCCUCCAGUUUCAGGACUUAACUGGUUUGGAAUCAAUGGACCAAUGUCGUCGAACAUUAGAGCAACAUAAUUGGAACAUAGAGGCUGCAGUACAAGACAGACUUAAUGAGCAGGAAGGAGUGCCGAGUGUGUUUAACCCUCCUCCAUCCAGACCGCUUCAGGUCAAUACAGCAGACCAUAGAGUAUAUAGUUACAUCGUUUCAAGGCCACAACCCAGGGGAUUACUAGGAUGGAGUUACUACUUGAUAAUGCUACCUUUCAGAUUUACAUAUUACACACUUCUGGACAUAGUCAGGUUUGCCCUGAGGUUCAUCAGGCCAGAUCCUCGUGGUCGUGUGACGGACCCUGUUGGAGAUGUUGUGUCUUUCAUUCAUUGUUUUGAGGAGAAGUAUGGCCGGUCACACCCUGUAUUUUACCAGGGAACAUACAGCCAGGCACUGAAUGAUGCCAAACGGGAGCUCCGCUACCUAUUAGUGUACCUUCACGGGGACGAUCAUCAAGACACUGACGAGUUUUGCCGCUCCACGUUAUGUACAGAAGAGGUCAUAACUUUCCUCAAUGCGCGAAUGCUCUUUUGGGCAUGUUCAACGAGCAAACCUGAGGGCUACAGAGUGUCCCAAGCAUUGCGGGAGAACACCUACCCAUUCCUGGCCAUGAUAAUGCUGAAGGACCGCAAGAUGACAGUGGUAGGCAGGCUGGAGGGUCUCAUUCAGCCAGAAGACCUCAUCAAUCAGCUCACUUUCAUCAUGGAUGCCAAUCAAACAUAUCUGAUGUCAGAGCGCCUUGAACGAGAGGAGAGGAACCAGACCCAAGUGCUAAGGCAGCAGCAGGAUGAGGCCUAUCUUGCAUCCCUCCGUGCCGACCAGGAGAAGGACCGAAAGAAAAGGGAGGAGCAGGAGCAACGGAGGCAAGAGGAAGAGAAGGUCCGACAGAGCGCUCUCGCCGAGGAGCGGAGACGACAAACACUCGAAGAGGAGAAGGAGAGGAAGUCCGAAUGUCUUCCUCCGGAGCCACCUGCAGAUGAUCCAGAAAGUGUCAAAAUAUCGUUUAAGCUGCCCAAUGAUACACGAGUAGAGAGACGAUUCCUGUUCGGCCAGUCUCUGACGGUAAUAUACGACUUCCUUUUCUCUUUGAAAGAAACUCCAGAGAAGUUUCAGAUAGUUACAAACUUCCCUCGCCGAGUCUUGCCCUGCCUUCCAACUGAAGAGCAGCCCAACCCACCCACACUGAAAGAGGCGGGACUCAGCCGCUCCGAGGUCCUUUUUGUUCAGGACCUUACGGACGAUUAAUAGAUGACAUACCUCUUCUACGUGGAAACACACUUUCCUCUGACUCCCACCAACUCCCCCCCUUUUGUUUUUUCUUUUUCAUAUUUUGUUAAAUGGCCAUUAUGCAUAAGGGAUCAUUGAGAUAAAAUCCUAACCUGGAAAAAUUUAACCACCCUGCAUCCAGUCGUCGUUUGGUUGUGUUUACAGGGUUCCCAAUAGCCUGGAAAGUCUUGAAUUUUAUCAAAUAAAUAUUUCUUGAAGUCC